GCGUCUCGACCGCCGUCUUGCUAUUUACUGCGAGUUCUAUUCGGCGCACUCCUUUAAACAUCACGCUACUCCGCAUACAAUACCCAAUGCCUCAGCCCUUGCCAACGAAUAAUUACGUAUUCCAACCAUGGCAGGACGCGUAUGCCAAAUGCCUCCAUCAUGAACAGGUCGGCAAUACAAUUGGCGACGCCACCGCGGCCGCCCUCGUACGCGCGAGAAUCCUGGGCUAUGCUAUGCUCGAAACCCCCAGUGAUACAGGUCGCGACUGCCUUUCCCGCGAAAUCAACUCAUGUGGUGAUGACGAUGAAUUUGAACGUCUGGCGACACUAUACAUCAAUCAUUUCCUCCGUUGCUUUCGAGCUGCUAAAGGCCGUACUCGAUCCCCAUCCACUCACCCUUCGAGGCCCUCGUUCGAUGCCACACAGGAAACUCUGCAAUAUCCUCUAGAAGAGGCGCCCCAGAAUCAUGCAACAGCAAAACAGAAGGCCCUCAUACGGGAUGGUUACCGAUGUAUGCUCACUGGUGCAUUUGACAUCGUCUCUGUGAAAGAGAAGCCCCAUAUCCUCCCGGCCGAUGCUCCCGUUACGUUCACCCAGGCAGCCCACAUCUUCCCUGAAUCCACAAACAUUGGGAUAUCGGGUAUCAACCAAAAUGGUGCGAGGCACGAAUAUGCAGCUACCGUAUGGACUGUCAUGGCGCGCUUCGGAGACACUUUUGUGUUCGAUGAACUGAAUGGACCUAACGUUCAUCGGCUGGAGAACGUGAUGACACUCCGCGGCGACGAGCAUACCCACUUUGAAAUGCUCAACUUGUGGCUUGAAAGCACUGACACGCCGCACACAUACACGCCCCAAACUACGCACCCGAUGUAUCGGCGGAACAUACCGACGACAGUCACUUUCACGACCCCGGACCCCGAGAAGCUUCCGCUACCGUCUCCAGAUUACUUGCGCCUCCAUGCGGCUGCGGCUCGCUACAUUAAUAAAAUACUGAGGGAUAUGGAAAAGACCAGGGUGCUAUCAAACGACGGCUCUUCUGCACUUCUAUUGACGGCGGCGUUGGAAGGUAUCUCGGUUCACGGAUGAUGUCUCAU